AUGAAGAAAUAUGAAAAGAAAACCCCCACCUCGGUGUGCCGAUGCGGUGCUCUAGUAACUUUGCAAUGCUCUUUUCUCCUGGCAGUUGGGGAACACCAGCUGACGGGCCACAAAGUAGCCGUAAAAAUCCUCAACCGGCAGAAAAUCCGCAGCCUGGACGUGGUGGGGAAAAUCAAGCGCGAAAUCCAGAACCUGAAACUCUUCCGGCACCCCCAUAUUAUCAAGCUGUACCAAGUCAUCAGCACCCCCACUGACUUCUUCAUGGUGAUGGAGUACGUGUCUGGUGGGGAAUUAUUUGACUACAUCUGCAAGCACGGCCGGGUCGAGGAGGCAGAGGCAAGGCGCCUCUUCCAGCAGAUCCUCUCUGCCGUGGAUUACUGCCACAGGCACAUGGUGGUGCACAGAGACCUGAAGCCGGAGAACGUGCUGCUGGAUGCACACAUGAAUGCCAAGAUAGCUGAUUUCGGCUUGUCCAACAUGAUGUCAGAUGGGGAAUUUCUGCGGACCAGCUGUGGCUCUCCAAACUACGCAGCCCCUGAAGUCAUCUCUGGAAGGUUGUACGCCGGGCCCGAGGUGGACAUCUGGAGCUGCGGCGUUAUCCUCUACGCCCUGCUCUGCGGCACGCUGCCCUUCGACGACGAGCACGUGCCCACCCUCUUCAAGAAGAUCCGGGGCGGCGUGUUCUACAUCCCCGAGUACCUCAAUCGCUCCGUCGCCACGCUGCUCAUGCACAUGCUGCAGGUCGACCCGCUCAAACGAGCCACCAUCAAGGACAUCAGGGAGCACGAGUGGUUUAAAGAAGAGCUGCCCAGUUACCUCUUCCCAGAGGACCCUUCCUACGACGCCACCGUCAUCGACGACGACGCGGUUCGGGAGGUCUGCGAGAAGUUUGAGUGCACCGAGUCGGAGGUGAUGAACAGCCUGUACAGCGGCGACCCGCAGGACCAGCUGGCGGUCGCCUACCACCUCAUCAUCGACAACCGGCGCAUCAUGAACCAGGCCAGCGAGUUCUACCUGGCCUCCAGCCCUCCCACGGGCUCCUUCAUGGACGACAGCGCCCUGCACAUCCCGCCGGGCGUGAAGCCGCAUCCCGAGCGCAUGCCGCCGCUCGUCGCCGACAGCCCCAAGGCGCGCUGCCCCUUGGAUGCCCUCAAUACUACCAAGCCAAAGCCGUUGACUGUCAAAAAGGCCAAGUGGCACCUGGGGAUCCGCAGCCAGAGCAAACCCUACGACAUUAUGGCUGAAGUGUACCGCGCCAUGAAGCAGCUGGAUUUCGAGUGGAAGGUGGUGAACUCCUACCAUCUCCGGGUGCGCCGGAGGAACCCGGUGACGGGCAACUACGUGAAAAUGAGCUUGCAGCUCUACCAGGUGGACAACCGCAGCUACCUUCUGGACUUCAAGAGCAUCGACGGUAAGUCUCGGGAGCGCAGUUUGGGGCGGAAAACCGCAUAAAAGGGGCAGUUUUUCCCCCGACAGGCGGGGGCAGCCCCUGCCGCCGCCUCUCCUUGCAGACGACGUGACGGCAGCCUGCCGGCCGCGCCGCCCCGCCACGGCAGCCACACCAUGGACUUCUUCGAGAUGUGCGCCAGCCUCAUCAUGGCCCUGGCGCGCUGA